CGCUCAACUCCUCCUCCUCCUCCUCCCUCACCCCGUCACCCCCUCCUCCUCCCUCUUCUCCCUCACUCCCCCCCACCGAACCGUGAAUCCAGGGCGGUCCAUGGACGGAACCUCUGUCCGGGGGCGCGGGGGGACGGGUGUCGGAGAGGGACCGGAAGUCGGUUGCCGUGGAGACGAGGCCUACACAGAGCGCGGAGGCGCGGAUCAUGGCCGAGGGCGGAGAGAACGAAGCCCAUGCAAAAUGGUUGGAUGCUCAUUAUGAUCCUGUGGCGAAUCUCUUCACCUUCUCCUCCUGUGUGGCUCUGGCAGAUCUGCAAGGAGACGGUGAGAAUAAGCUGGUUGUUGGAGACCUGGGCACGGGUCUGUACAACAUGAAGCUGAAGGUGUACAAAGGAACCAGCAUGGUCUCAGAGCACACACUGAUAGACCUGCCAACUGGAGUCCUCGCCUUCCUCAUGGACACCAAUGAGCCCAGGACUCCUGCUGUAGCAGUUGCCUCGGGACCCUACAUCUACAUCUACAAGAAUCUCCGGCCCUACUUCAAGUUUACCCUCCCCCCUCUGGAGGUCAACUCAGUGGAACAGGACGUGUGGAACCAGGUCAAGGAGGACAAAAUCGACCCCCUAACACUCAAAGAGAUGCUGGAGAGCCUCCGGGACAAGGGAGAUGUUCCCCUGUCUGUGAGAUCCCUGAGGUACCUGAUGUUAGAGCCUCACGAGAUGGAGCCCUUUGUCAAUCUCCACAAACUGCAGCCCAUCAAACGGCAGACUGUGAUCGCAUGCAUGGCCACACUGAACAAGAACAUGGUGGACGAGGAUGCCGUGAGCUGCCUGGUUAUCGGCACGGAGAACAUGGAGAUCUGCAUCCUGGACCCUGAGGCAUUCACCAUCCAGGCCAAGGUGAAUCUCCCAAGUGUGCCAGUGUUCCUGGAUGUCAGUGGCCAGUUUGAUGUGGAGUUCAGGAUCAUUGUAGCCUGUCGGAAUGGAAAUAUCUACGUCAUCCGCAGGGAUUUGAAGCGACCCAGGCACUGCAUCGAGCUGAACUGCCAACCUGUGGGGCUGGUGCGAGUUAAUAAGAACAUCGUCGUUGGCUGUGGGAAGGAGACACUGCACUCGUACACUCAGAAGGGCAAGAAGCUUUGGACUGUGUACCUGCCCGCUCCCAUCAUGACGAUGGGUCUGAUGGAUCACAAAUCCAGAGGGCUCCAGGCAGUUCUGGUGGCCCUAGGCAACUCAGAAAUACAUCUGUACCGGGACAAGAACCUCAUCAAUGUUACCAAAACUCAGGAUGUGGUGACCAGUCUGUGUUUCGGCAAGUAUGGGCGGGAAGAUGGCACUCUCAUCAUGACCACCAAAGGUGGAGGUUUGAUCAUUAAGAUCCUGAAGAGAACGGCGAUCUUCGAGGGCAAGGACACGAGUCCAGGGCCCCCCUUGGCCCAGAGCAUUAAGCUCAACGUGCCAAAGAAGACCAAGCUGUAUGUGGAUCAGACACUGCGGGAGCGGGAGAAUGCUGUGGCCAUGCACCGGACCUUCCAAACGGACCUGUGCCGACUGCGGCUGUCAGCGGCGCGAGCGUACGCCAAGGCCCUCGAGACGAGCUUGGCACCGGUCUCGGCUGACCUGGCCCAACCGCUGAAGCUCAAUGCCACAGUCCAAGGCAUUGGCCCCUCGUUCAAGCUGACCCUGAACGUGCAGAACAUGUCAGCCACCCGCCCGGUUAUCGACCUCCUCAUCAGCUUCCUGUACGACGAGAGCCUGUACUCCAUCAAGAGGAGCUUCUUCAAGGUCCCGAUGCUGGUGCCAGGUCUGAUUUAUCCCAUCGAAACCUUUGUGCAGUGUCUGAGUGACAGAGGGAUUUCUGACACCAUCAAGGUGUUCGUGCUGCGGGUGGGGACCUGCUCCCCCCUGCUGACCGCCCACGUCAACAUGCCCGUCAGCGAGGGGCUGGCAGUGGGCUGAACUCCGAGUGGAGCCUCCAGGCUGGAGUGAGGUGGCCAGUCACGGAAUUCCUGUAGCCGCUGCUCCCCAAGGUCAUUCCCCACCACCACCCCCCCCCCCCCCGUCCUUCCCAUCCUCACCCCAGUCCCUCCCACAGCAGGAGGUGGAGGAACUCACGGCCUCUCCCCCCACCUCCGUCCGUGCAGGGUCGCUUCAUUACCACAGAGGGCAGUUUCUGGGAUCUUGCUGUGUGCAGAUUAGCUGCCGGGGGCGGACUUGGGUAAGAGAUUUCACUACUUCUGGCAGCCGCCUACGAAGGAGCUGGAGUAGAGAGGGACUGUCAGGAGGAACUCCAUCGGCAGUCACGGUGAUGUGACUGACCACCGCAACCCUGUCUCGGCAGGAAGAGGAGGAGCUGCUGCUCCUGACUUGGGGAACUGGAGCCUCACAUCCCAUGGACUCAAACGGCAGGGACACAGGCCCUUCAACCCAUCGAGCACCUGUUUGCACCCACUUGCAUUCACUUUUUUUCUCUCCAUCAUCCAUAGAACCAUAGAACACCACAGCACAGAAAACAGGCCAUUCAGCCCUUCUAGUCUGUGCCAAAACUUUAUUCCGCUAGCCCCAUUAACCUGCACUCGGUCCAUAUCCCUCCAGACCUCUCCCGUCCGUGUAUCUAUCCAAUUUAUUCUUAAAACUUAAGAGUGAGCCCGCAUUUACCACGUCAGACGGCAGCCCGUUCCACACUCCCACCGCCCUCUGAGUGAAGAAGUUCCCCCCAAACCUUUCCCCUUUCACCCUAAAGCCAUGUCCUCUCGUACUUAUCUCUCCUAAUCUAGGUGGAAAGAGCCUCCUCGCAUUAACUCUGUCUAUACCCCUCAUCAUUUUGUAAACCUCUAUCGAAUCUCCCCUCGUUCUUCUGCGCUCCAAGGAAUAAAGUCCUAACCUGUUCAAUCCUUCCCUGUAACUCAACCCCUGAAGACCCAGCUAUCAGCCACUGUCUUCCGUCCCCCCCUCCCCUCCCCUCCCCACCUACCUGGUGGACCCUCCCGACAGCUUUCACCGCUCCUCAGUCCACCGAUCAGCUCGGGCUCCCUCCCCACCCUCCUCUUUGUACCGGCCAUCUCCCCUCUCGACCCCAAACAUCGACAAUUCCUCCCCCCCCCCCACACACACACACACACACACAUGUUGUUCGACCCACUGGGUUCAUCCGGCAGAUUGUUCGUUGACCCAUUUACACCCUCCCACAUUCCCAUCAACUCUCCGCCCACCCUCCCCCCCCCCCCCCCCCCCCCCAACCUACCACUCACCACACACACCGGGGGCAAGUGACAGUGGCCAGUUGACCCACCGAGGGAGGACAGGAGAGACGGCAGACGCUGCAAUCUGGAGCAAAGCAGCAAACUGCUGGAGGGACUCAGCGGGUCGGGCAGCGUCCGUGGAGGGAGAUGAGGCGUCGACUGGCCGUUUCCCGCUGCGGAUGCUGCCUGACCCCUUGUUUCUUUAACCUUUCCCUGGGAUGUGGGAGUUAUUUGUUCAAACUGCUGGAUAGGGCCCUGCGUUCCUGUUCCCCCCAAUUCCCCCCACACCCCCCCCCCCCCCCGGGUUCCUUCACCUAUGGCCUUCCCUCCACCUCCGUCUGCUCCGUCACCCUCCUGCCCCCACCCUUAACCUCAAGCUUCAAGGUAAACUGCUGCAAGAGUUCAGUGAGUCCAGCAACAUCUGGAGUGCAGAUUCCAGCAUCUGGAGUCUCCUGUGUCUGUCUCCACCCCACCAAUUCCUGUAUCUCCCCUCACCCCCACCGAUUCUGUCAUCUGCAGCCUCGUGUGGAUGGGAGGCAAGGGGAGUCCUGGUGGAGGCUCAGUACCAGAGAUCACCAGGUGAUCGACUAAAGAACCAGUGGGUUUAUUUCUCUGCAGCGAGUUGCAGUGUGGCACAGAUUCUGCACUGGGGGUGUGUGUGUGGGAGGGGGUUGGAGUGUUGCACUGAUCAGAAAGACCCUUCAACACGUGAGCAGGGAAUGGCUUCCAGUGUUGGGUGAUUCCCAGAGCUGUCAGAAGUCGAGCCAGCGUGAUUUGUCCUCUUCACCCCCGACUCCCGUGUCAUCAGAAGGCAGCAUCACGUUCGUUGCUUACAGCUGGCCCGUGGUGACUGGGAGAGCGAGCACAGUCAUCCUGCAACCUGUGCAGAUGCAGAAGUGGUCAUGUCCAUCUGGGCAGGAUGUCUCUGAAGUCACACACAUGCUGACACGGCACUGUGAAAGCUGGUGUGCAACUCCUCCCCCCUUCCGAGGUCCAAGGUUGUCGGCGAGUCUCCUCUCUCAUGGGAUUCAGACCCCUUCUGUUUGCUUCAAGUGAGUGUGGGACCCGAGGCAAGUUUCUUUCUAACAGUAGGGCAGAAAUGGGCUCUUCACCCGGCGGCUCCCUGGCGGUGUUCCCACGGCCACUUCUCACCCCAUCACUAACCUCUUCUCUCCCCAGUGUGUUUAUUCACAUCCUCCUUAACAUGUGAAUUAGAAGCACUGUGCUCUGUAUUGGAACCCAGUGUGUUGCAGACUGCACUGUAUUAGAAUCCAGUGUGUGGCAGGCAGACUGCGCUGUGCUUGGUAUUAGAAUCCAGUGUGUUUCAGACUGCACUGUAUUAGAAUCCAGUGUGUGGCAGGCAGACUGCGCUGUGCUUGGUAUUAGAAUCCAGUGUGUUGCAGACUGCACUGUGUUAGAAUCCAGUGUGUAGUAGACAGACUGCACUGUGCUCUGUAUUUGAUUCCAGUGUGUUGCAGACUGCACUGUAUUAGAAUGCAGUGUGUGACAGGCAAACUGCACUGUGCUCUGUAUUUGAUUCCAGUGUACUGUAUUGUGAGAAGGACUUCCUGACAUUGCCUGUGAACGACCGUCUCUAACUUUAAGCUUCUGUCUCCUUUGUUCUGGCCUCUCCUGCUGGUAAAUCAUUUCCAACUCCCUGAAUCCUCUCAACUGGAGCAAAUGCUGGUCUGAUGGACACACAUUAUGAUUAUCUCUAAUAGAAAAUAAGAUGUGCUGGAAACACUCAGCAGGUCAGGCAGCAUCUGUGGAGAGAGAAAUGUUUAGGCUCAAUGACAAUGUUUUAUUUCAGAUUUCGAGCAUCUGCAGUAUUUUGCUUGUGUAUGUUUUAACCGUGUUGCUGUCAGUGGAUUAAAAUCCUGUUUGAUAA